AUGGCGGAUUCAAAUGUCGUGCAGUGCCAGAAAAAGAUCGAUCCACACUUCGGAACUAAAGCCAUUCACGUGGGCCAAAAUCCCGACCAGUGGUCUUUCAAAGACGUCGUUCCUCCGAUUUCGUUGACCACCACCUACAAACAAUACGGUCCAAACGAUCAUGCUGGAUUCGAGUACAGCAGAUGCGGAAACCCGACAAGAAACGUGUUGCAGAAAUGCAUUGCUUCGCUGGAUGGUGCCAAACACUGUCUGACCUUUGCGUCCGGCCUGGCCGCCACUACGGCCGUGGUCCAACUAUUGCAGGCCGGAGACCACAUCCUGUGCGGCGAUGACAUGUACGGUGGCACAAAUCGGUACUUCUCGAAGAUCGCGUCUAAAUUCAAUGUGAAAUUCACAAUGACUGACAUGACGAACGAUAAGAACAUAGCCAAAUUGAUUUUGCCCGAGACCAAGUUGGUGUGGAUGGAGAGCCCUACAAACCCAUGCAUGAGAGUUGUGGACUUGGAAUCGAUUUCGACGAUUGUCCAUAACAUACGAAAAGACAUCAUCAUCGUUGUCGACAACACGUUCCAGACACCUUAUUUCCAAAGACCACUCGAAUUGGGUGCAGAUGUCGUGCUCUACUCACUGAGUAAGUACAUGAAUGGUCAUUCGGACGUCAUAAUGGGUGCUCUUGUCGUAAACGAUACGGAAUUAUACGAUCGUCUAGCCUACAUUCAGAAUUCUUGCGGUAUCAUGUCGUCGCCUUUCGACUGUUACCUUGUCAACCGAGGCCUGAAAACCCUGCACGUGCGCAUGAAGGAGCACAUGAAAAACGGAUUAGCCGUGGCCAAGUACUUGGAACAGCAUCCGCUUGUCGAACAAGUGCUGCACCCAGGUUUACCGUCGCAUCCCCAACACAAGGUGGCUUUAAGUCAGACCAGCGGUUUCAGCGGCAUGUUGUCGUUUUACAUCAAAGGCGGAAUCGGGGAAGCCACUAGAUUCUUGCAGGCCAUCAAAGUGUUUUGCUUAGCUGAAAGUCUGGGCGGUUUCGAGAGUCUGGCUGAUCAUCCAGCCCUUAUGACUCAUGCUUCAGUUCCUGCAGAAGAACGAGCAGCAUUAAACAUUACAGACAAUUUAAUCCGUUUGUCCGUGGGAUUAGAAUCCGAAGAAGAUUUAAUUGCCGAUCUCGAACAAGCACUAAAAGCUUCUGUUCAAAAAUAA